UCUUCAAUCCCGACCCGAGAUCAUUUCUUUGGGAUUUCUGAACACGAGGGUACCUCCUUAACUUUUGACUCUGAAAGUUUGCCCUCCUCUCCGGUCACAUCGCUUUCCCCAUCCGAUAUGACUGACAGUUUCGCCUCAGCUGACGAGACCUCCGGGGAAACAGCGGGCGUGUAUCGUGGGGUUACCCAGGGACCCCAGCAGAAGACACACAAGGCGAAGAGGGGGCGCGUCAAGGACAAGGGCGAAGGCGUGGUGACGAAACAGAAGAAGAAUCGCCGAGUGAAAGCGAAUGACAGAGAGAGGAACCGAAUGCACAGCCUGAAUUCUGCUUUAGACGCGCUGAGGAGCGUCUUGCCCACCUUCCCGGACGAUGCCAAACUCACAAAGAUUGAAACGCUCAGGUUUGCUCACAACUACAUCUGGGCUCUCACUGAAACCCUGCAGAUGGCUGACCAGUGCCUGCUUCUUCCAGAGCACCAGCAAACCAGAGAAGCAUUGUUGCAAAUGCCCAGCGCGUGCACGAUGGAGCUCGGCAGUCCGCCUAGCGCCCAAUCCUCAGAAUGGGACUCCUCGGAGUAUUCGCCCGCGUCCCAGGACACUGGCAGCCAGAGCCCCGACGGGUCGACGGAGGAAGUGUGUCCAUGCUAUCUCAGAAACCCGAGCUGCAGCGCCAGUCUACACAGCAUCCACACCAUGCACAGCCCUGUCUUCCCAGCGUUUAAUUAGAACAAUGACCACUCUCCUUCUCCGCAUCCACUCUUUAUGCGUUAAUUUAUUAGAAACUCAAAAACAGAGUUCAAGAUUCUGAAAGGUCAGCGUUGUC